AAACGAUGCGCACACGUCAUUCAUUUGUUUCUAACGUCUAAAAGCACCAUGCCAGCAGGCUUGACGACUCCGUUUCAGCGAGGCCACGAUGUCAAGUACGGCUUAGAAGUCGUUGAACGCGACCCAGAGACGUCUGCUGUACUAUUGGCUGCGUGCAGGUUUUGUAUAAAGUUUGGACGUGAAGCCAAUCCGAAGGGGAAGCGGAAGCGAACAACGAAUGUGCACAACUUCCGCACCCCUUUCCGCACAGACAACUACAAGAGACACCAUGAAGUUUGCCACACGACAAUUUGGAACCAGUACUUGGAAGCAUCGGAUGAAGACAAGAAAACUUUUUUCGACUCCCCUGGCAUCCCCGAAGUGGUAGCAAAUAAUUCACGGACCAUGUGCCAAUAUGUUGACCACACCCUGCUCAAGGCGGAAGCUCAGCCGUCGCAUAUCAAGACUCUGUGUGAGGAGGCAGUCCAGCAUUCGUUUUGCUCUGUGUGCGUUAACGCGUCGUACGCUUCAUUGGCUCGCAAGACGCUAGAUGAGCUGAAGGAUACCAGGAAACCGCGUGUCAAGGUCUGCUGCGUCGUGGGUUUUCCGCUGGGUGCGACCACGACAGCCACCAAGGUCUUCGAGACCCAGCAGUGUCUGAACGCUGGUGCUGAGGAGAUCGAUAUGGUUAUCAAUGUGGGCAUGCUUCACGCCAAGGAAUACGACUAUGUGCUGCGUGAUAUCUGUGCUGUCGUGGGUGUGUGUAAGGAUCGCGGUGCUAUCAGCAAGGUUAUUCUGGAGACCGCACUGCUGAGCGAGGAGCAGAUUCGGAAGGCCAGUGAGCUGGCUAUCGCGGCCGGUACCGACUUUAUCAAGACGUCUACGGGUUACUCUACACGAGGUACGUUUGGUAGCUUGCGACAGUUAUAAUCAGACCUGCAUUACUGUUGACUGUAUUGUCUAACUGGUGUGAUAUUUGUGGUCGUGUAGGUGCGAGUGAGGAGGAUGUCAGGCUUAUGGCAAGCAUUGCUGAGCCGGCUGGCAAGAAGGUGAAGGCUAGUGGCGGCAUCCGCACGGCUGCAGAUGCGGAGAAGAUGAUCGCGCUUGGAGCAUCACGUCUGGGCACCAGUGCUGGUGUCGACAUCGCUCAGGGUCGACAGAAUACAAACGGGUUUGCAAUCUAGUGGUGAUGGAAAUUGACGGAGGUCGCGAGCUCCAAGCAUUCACUGACUUGGUUGCUAGCCACUGGAUCCCGUACUGGUCGACCAGAGAUUGGUUUGUGACCCUCAUAAUACAUGUUCUUACCGUAUGUACGGAACUACCAUGCAGCUUUCAUGAUAACGGAUUGACCCCGCAGGCCCUUAAUCCAUGUAAAUAGGGACCAAGUUCAUGAUCUCGACGAACUUCUGGAGAACUCCUGGCGCGCCGACUGUUGCAGAUUUAAAGUUUUGCUUUGAUUUUACUAACGUGGACCUAGCGUAAGGCCUUCAUGGAAUCGACCAUGCUGUUGAGUAAGGUGCCGACGCUACAGACGAUGAACUUACCAAUAGAAAUCUGUG